AUGAGGAGGUCACGUAGAAUUUUGAAAAAUCUAUUUUCGCCGCCAAAAAUCAAAUUUUAUUUCAAUUUCAGAUCUUCGCCCACAGUCCCAACUACGAACUCGAAUUCAAAUAUCAAGAAAAAUCGAGGCGGUUUGGACUUUUCGAUUUUAGAUGAAUCGGAAUCUGGUGUUGGAACAUCAGAAAAUAGUAUAUCUGAAAAUGAAGAAGAAGAUGAUGAAGAUGAGGAUUUUUAUGACACUGUGACCUCACCAGAAGAAUUCGAAUUAAAUGAUUCGCUUUCCGGAUUGACUGAAUAUUUCGCGAAAAGUUUGAGUUUGAAAUCACCACAAAGAGAAAAUGCGAAGAAAUUUGAGGAAGAAGAAGAAGAAGAGGAAGAAGAAUUUUGCACACCUCCAGUUACACCACCGCCAACUUUUGUGCAUUCUGAUGUGCCGUGUAAAGUGAGUGAAUUUAUUGGAGGGGGGAUAGAAUUUUCAUUUAUGAAUGGAACAUCUAUGAAAUGACAUCGAUGAAUUGGAAAUUGUUCAUAUUUUUCUAGAGAAAACGGGAAGUGUUAGCAAGUAUUGCCGGGAAUGGCUCAUCUAUUGAAAAUAUUGAAUUCUUGAAACAGUGACAUUUUUCAGCUCGGUCAUUCUUUUGAGUUUUGCUCCUUAAAGAGGGGAAGUAAUGUUUUUAAAACAUUAUCCGAGAAUUUAUAAAACUUUGAAACAGUGAAUUUUCUACAAUACUCAAAAAUCUAUUGUUUUGAAAAUUAUCAACUCAAAUUUGAAAUUCCAUCGAAAACAACUAAUUUUUUGCAGACCGACAAUGAUUUGUUCGAAGUUCUCUCCAAAAUCCCGCUAUCAAACCUCGAAAAUUUCCCGCUAAUUCGAAAAUAUAUCACAAAACUGAAUUGUCUUAAUCCAUCAGAACGAUCAAAUUGGCGAGGAAUCGAUUCUCCUAUUUUUUCGAGUGCAAAAAAGUUGAGAUUUUAA